AUGUCUUCACUGAAGGUGACCCCCUUUGUUAUCUGCAUUGCUGCUAUUAUGGUCAUCAUUCUCGUCGGUAGCGCUGAUUCGAAUCCACAAAUUGAUAUCCUGGGUGGUUAUGAUCUGCUCGGGGUCUGCAUCAACAACUGCGCCCAGUGCAAGAAGAUGUUCGGCGAAUAUUUCGAAGGUCAUCUGUGCGCCGAAUCAUGCAUCCAAUUUAAGGGCAAAAUGGUUCCGGACUGUGAAGACAUCAACUCGAUCGCUCCAUUUUUGACCAACCUCAACUAA